GCCCGCGGGACUCGGCCGGUUCGGCGCUGCCCCUCCCCCUCGUCUCCCUUCCCCCACCCGGCUGUGCCGAGGCGAGGCCCGCCCCCGACCCCUCCCGGCGUUGGCGAGCCGGAAGCGGCGGGCGGCGCAGCAGGUGGUGGGCCCGUCGCCCACCGCUCGAACGCUGGCCCGGGCCGGGCGUUGGUUAGGGGGCGAGUGGGUUUCUGGUCUCAGGAGCAGGGCCCCGGCCCCGGCUUGGGCCUGGGUGCGGCGAGUGAGCGAGCGGGCGGCGGGCUUGGGCGUCCUCCGGCUCUUCCUCGACUGCUCCACAAACGCGCUCCGGGCGCUCGCGUCCGGGGCUGUCGUUUCACCGCACUGGGCUGCCGGGACUGGGACCCCACACUCGCUGCGAGUCCGGGGACGCCCUCCGUUCUGACCCGGUUUCGAGCACUUGGCGGGUGGGGGUCGGAGGGGCCUCGGGCGCGUCCCCGAUGCCAGAACCGGCCCCGCCUCCCAGAAUCUGGGGCCCUUUUUGGAAUGUUUUUUGCCACCUGCCGUGUUUUCAAAAACCGGCGAGGACGAGAAAGUCUAGCACGUCAGAGUGCCUUGUGCCUGGAAAGCGGGACGGGAGUUCGUCUUUUCCUGUUAAUGUUUUGCUUACUCAGGGUUUUUGAAUUUUCUUUCAGCUCUUUUUGAAAGAGUAUUUCCAAGUUUGUGCCUAGUUAUUUUAACAGUUGGAAGUACGUGGGACUGUCAUAUUCGAAAUUAUUUUAACUUUAUUUUGAAAUAUUGUUCCAACCGCACGGUUAACACGCUGUAAUUUUAUCUUCACAACUAAAACGCUGUUACCAGUGUGAGGAAGAUAGGGCCUUGGGGUUACAUACAAUUUAUAUUAAGUUGUUUGGCUGUAAAAUAACUGGGCAGUCUUAAUGGUUUUAAUGAUCUGCGAAUUGGAAAUUUGAUUCCUAAAAAUGUAAAACACUUAACAUUUUUAAGAUCAGUUAUCAGUACUUACAGCACCAGUUUUAGAGCACUUGGCCAAAUUACGUGUAGUGUCUCGAGUUUCAGAAGAAAAUAUUCUUUUUCUUCAAAAUGUGCACUUUUACAUUUCCAAGACAUGUUUUUAAAAUAUUUUUCUUUUACAGUUUAAAAUAUAUUUAAGGGGAUAAGUAUAUUUAAGGAAGGCAAGGAUUACAGAGUUACAGGAGGAAAAUUUAAGGAGCUAUGGAUUUAUUAUCUUGAUUGCAGUGAUAAUUUCCUGAUUGCAUACAUAUGUCAAAACCUAACAAAUUUCAUACCUUAAAUCUGUGCAAUUUAUAUCACUUAUACCUCAAUGAAGUGUUAAAAAAGUAACAAAAAUAUAAUUAAUACCUGCGGAAAAUACAGCACAAAGUGAUAAAACAUAAUAAAAAUCCAUGACCCCUCCACCAAAACCAAGAACUAGAACAUUACCAAAACUUGGAUCUGCUUAAUGAACUUUUUAUCUGUUCUACUGAAGUAAUCAUUCCUAUCUAGUGGAUUUUGUGUUUUAUCUUUCCCUUGUCCUUUUAAAAAAAAAUAGUUUUAUCACUAUAUUUAUAUGCCCAAGCAAUGUGGUGAUUAGUUUGCUUUUCUUUUGAGGAUUACAGAAUUUUGUAGUUCAUUCAGUUUCAUUGCUGUAUAACAGUGUUAAUCUGCCAUAACUCAGGGGCAGUUAGUUUGUAGGUUAUUUUUUGGUUUUUGUGUUUUGACUUGGUUUUUCUGUUUGUUUUGCUCUUAACUGGGCUGUGUGAAUACUUAUUGUUUGGAGCUCCUCCUGUACAAGUGCAGGAGUUUCUCUAGGGUAAAUACUUAAAGGAGAUCUCAUUAGACUAUUUUAGGAAGUCAUAAAUAAAAUAGAUUGAAAUACUAAAAAUAAGAUGAAUGAAAAAAAUAUAGGAUUCUGUAUUAUAUUUAAAUGAGAGAAUCAUGGAUACAAUAUGACCGGCCCAUAGUUGUUGGACAUUUGCAUGAGAAACUGAGAUUACUGUUAAUAAGUAUAUAAUUUCUUCUUUGACAAUCACAUUAUAAAAAGACUUGGCACUAUUUACUGUUUCCUUUUUCAAUGCAAAAGCAGUGAGUGUAGUGGAGAAAACACUUGAUUAUGUAUAUAUAAACAAGUCACUUUCUACUCCUCUUCCCCCACCCUGCUGUUACUCUUGGGCAAAUGACUUAGCAUUUCUCUUAGCAUACUCUUGUAGAAGAAACUAAACCCUUAUAACAAUUUUCCAAAGGCCUUAGUUAGCGCUUGUUAUGAUAGAGUCUUUAAGAGAAAGUAUUAGGACCAAGGUGUUAUUCUGUGGAAUAAAUUGAGGGUGUCCUUUGGAACAUUAUUGGAGAAAGACAUUUGGAAUGAAUCUGAAGUCUGCUGCAGUAAAACACUGAAGGCUUUAAAAUGUUUUCUUGCAUAAAACUCAAACUUAAAGUAGCUGCUUAAUGAGGAUAGGGAAGGCAGGAAGCUAAUGUCUGUCUCAAGAUACAGGACAGCUGUUUGCUCGUCAACCUCAACUGUCCAAAGCAACAGCAGGGAAGACAACCUGACAUAGGGAACUGGGGACUGCUAUACAGAAAGAACUACAGAGCAUCCUCAGUACAGUGUGAAACAGAGGAACAUGGCUCAAGAAACUAAUCACAGCCAAGUGCCUAUGCUUUGUUCCACUGGCUGCGGAUUUUAUGGAAACCCUCGUACAAAUGGCAUGUGUUCAGUAUGCUAUAAAGAACAUCUUCAAAGACAGAAUAGUAGUAAUGGUAGAAUAAGUCCCUCUGCAACUUCUGUCAGUAGUCUGUCUGAAUCUUUACCAGUUCAGUGCACAGAUGGCAGUGUCCCAGAAGUUCAGUCAACAUUAGACUCUACGUCUUCAUCUAUGCAGCCAAGCCCUGUAUCAAAUCAGUCACUUUUAUCAGAAUCUGUAGCAUCUUCCCAAGUGGACAGUACAUCUGUGGACAAAGCAGUACCUGAAACAGAAGAUCUGCAAGGACCCAGAGCAGAGGGCCUUGUUCCUUUUGAAUGUGAUCCUCCAUCUUCAGUAUCAGAUACGGCACAUCAGCCAUCAGAAGAGCAAAGCAAGUCUCUUGAAAAACCAAAACAAAAGAAGAAUCGCUGUUUCAUGUGCAGGAAGAAAGUGGGACUUACUGGGUUUGAAUGCCGGUGUGGAAAUGUUUACUGUGGUGUACAUCGUUACUCAGAUGUACACAAUUGCUCUUACAAUUACAAAGCUGAUGCUGCUGAGAAAAUCAGAAAAGAAAAUCCAGUAGUUGUUGGCGAAAAGAUCCAGAAGAUUUGAACUCCUGCUGGAAUACAAAAUCCUUUGACCAUCUGCAAACUAAAAAUUGACUUGAGCUUUUUUUUCCUAGUCAUUGGGAAUGUAGAGCAAUGUAUCUUGCAUAGACCUUUUAAUCAUGCAUGUCAUCAAAAGAAUAGAUUUUUGUUUUUGUUUUGAAAAUGACUCUGAACAUUUAUUUCCAUUGCAGUUUCUGUGGCUGAAAAGACUUAAGUAAACUUUACAAGUAUUAUCCUUUUAAGAUCAUUUUAAUUUUAGUUGAGUGCAGAGGGCUUUUUAUAACAAACAUGGAGAAAUUUUGGAGGGCUGUGAUUUUUCCAGUAUUAAACAUGCAUGCGUUAAUCUUACUGUUUAUUUUCUCAAUGUGUAUGUAUAUAUAGCUUUUCUCUGCAGCACGAUAUCUCUUUUGAUAAUGCCCCUUAGGGCACAACUAGUUAUGAGUAACUGAAUGUAUCUUAAUCAUUAUGGCUGCUUCUGUUUUUUUUCAUUAACAAAGGUUAUACAUAUGUUAGCAUAUAGUUUCUUUGCACCCACUAUUUAUGUCUGAAUCAUUUGUCACAGAGUGUGUGCUGAUGAGAUUCUAAGUUUGUAUGGUUUAAAAAUUUUUGAGCGAGGGAAGGAAAAGCUGUAUGCAUUUCAUUGCUGACUGCAGAUUUCUUUCAGAUUAUGUUCAUCGGUCUGUGUGUAUACAAUUUGAAGAAUGAUCUGAAGUAAUUGUGCUGUAUUUAUGUUUAUCCACAAGUCUUUGAUUAAAUAAAAGGAAACCAGAGCACUC